UCCUGGUUUGAGGGGAUGUUGGCCAUUUUAGCCCACACACGAGCUGCCUUUACACAGUACAACCCCGCUCACCGCCUCCGGUGACAGCCAUGGCUGGGGAAAUAGUCCCUGCUGAUUUAAACAUCCCUGGAGAUCCUUCCUCCAGAGGCAAAGUGGCUCCAUCUCAGCAUCACAAUCGCCCGAGGUGCCCGUACUGGCAUUGGCUGGCUCUGGGCCUCACAUUGGCUGGGAACGUCGUGCUGCUGAGAGUUGUGAUGGCGCUGGCUGCUCGGGGUUCCCUGAACCCAUCACUGACCGGAGCCGUCCCAAAAACGAUGGAGAACGAAACCUCAGCUCAGCCCAGUCCUAAAGGAAGAGGAUGCAGCGACUUGGAGGAGUUCCGCUCUCGCCUGCGGCAACAUUUGUGUUAUACACAAAACAAACAGCCAGCAGAGAGUUCCAGCUGCAAACUCUGCCCCAAGGACUGGCUGCUGCAUGGGGACAAGUGUUACUGGUUUUCUACAGCGAUUAAAACCUGGGAGUGGAGCCAUGACGACUGUUUAAUGAAGAGAGCACAACUGCUAGUGAUCGAUGACCGGGAGGAGAUGGUAAAGAACGUGCUAUAUUCAACUGCAGGAUGUGUGUUGCUAUUAAUUACAGCUGGUCCAAAAUCACAGUUUUCCCUCCAGUGGGAAAUUAAAGAAACAUUUUGGUACUUUUUGCAAGAAACUUUUGUUGUGAAAAUGAAACCAACUUUUCGUUUCAGGUGUAUAAAACUGAAAAAUGUUGAAUUUUUUUCUCAUUCCCCUCCCUUUUCUCCCCUACUGAAUCCAACAGACUGAGUCAUGUCCCUAGUAGAUUUGUCUGCCCCUUGACCUUGACCACGGUUGAGAUGAGGUCCCAUGUGCACAGCAAGCAACUGGGAUAGCGAAUCAGAGCAUGUUCUGGUCACUCUGACAUGUCGUCCAUUUCACAGGCGUCCAUAGGGAAUAUUACACGGGACCAACAUCAGGUGUGGAUU